AUGCCUGGAGCAAAUGAGGCUGAAACUAUUCGAAUUCUCAUCUCCACCGAUAAUCAUGUCGGUUACAACGAGCGAGAUCCCAUCCGUGGGGACGACAGCUGGAAGAGCUUCCACGAAAUAAUGUGUUUGGCCAAGGAACGGGACGUCGAUAUGAUUCUCCUGGCUGGAGACUUGUUCCAUGAGAAUAAGCCGUCGCGAAAAUCCAUGUACCAGGUCAUGCGGUCGAUUCGCAUGAACUGUUUCGGAGACAAGCCGUGUGAGCUGGAGAUGCUCAGCGAUGCAAGUGAGAAUUUCCAGGGGGCAUUCAAUCAUGUCAACUACGAGGACCUGGAUAUCAACGUGGCGAUUCCUAUCUUCUCCAUCCACGGGAAUCACGACGACCCCUCGGGAGAGGGUCAUCUGGCCGCACUAGAUUUACUGCAAGUGUCCGGCCUUCUCAACUACUACGGCCGGACUCCGGAGUCAGAUAACAUCCAAAUCAAGCCUGUCUUGCUACAGAAAGGCCGGACAAAGCUUGCGCUAUACGGAAUGAGUAACGUUCGAGACGAGCGACUGUUCCGUACCUUUCGCGAUGGCAAGGUUAAAUUCUUCCAACCGUCUGUGCAGAAAAGUGACUGGUUCAAUUUGAUGUCUGUGCAUCAGAACCAUCAUGCCCAUACAGAAACUAGUUACCUACCAGAGAACUUUCUGCCCGAAUUUCUUGAUUUGGUCGUCUGGGGUCACGAACAUGAAUGCCUGAUUGAUCCUAGGCUCAAUCCAGAGACUAAAUUUCAUGUUAUGCAACCAGGAUCCUCUGUCGCAACAUCCUUGGUACCCGGGGAGGCUGUUCCAAAGCAAGUCUCUAUUUUGAGCAUAACGGGCCGAGAAUUUAAAAACGAACCUAUCCGAUUGAAGACGGUGCGACCAUUUGUGAUGCGGGAAAUUAUAUUAUCCGAAGAAAAAAGAGCCCAAAAGCUUGCGCGCAAGGAGAAUAACCGCACAGAAGUAACUCGGUUCCUCAUGUCCAUUGUUGAAGAGCUGAUUGAAGAAGCCAAUGCAGAAUGGCUAGAGAUGCAAGGGGACCGCAUCGAUGAGGAUGAGGAUGGCACAUCGGAGGCUCCGCUUCCUCUCGUUCGCCUCCGCGUGGAAACUUCUACGCCUGAAGGAGGUAGCUACGAUUGUGAAAACCCACAGCGAUUUUCCAAUCGCUUCAUUGGUAAGGUCGCUAACGUGAACGAUGUGGUGCAAUUCUACCGCAAGAAAAAAGCUGCUUCUACUUCGCGCAAAGAUGAUAAAUCUGUUGAUGAAUCUACCAUUUCUCAUCUAUCAGCUCUUGACACUGUGCAAGUCGAACAGCUAGUGCGCGAGUUUCUCUCAUCACAGUCAUUAAGCAUCCUGCCGCAGAAUUCUUUCGGAGAUGCUGUUGCCCAAUUCAUUGACAAGGAUGAUAAGCAUGCAAUGGAGAUGUUCGUCAAUGAAUCCCUCGAGAGCCAGGUCAAACACCUGUUGGCCUUGGAUCGUGAGGAGGACGAGAUGGAUGACGAGGAGAGAGAACAAAGCUCGCUAGUGACUGCUAUGGAGAAAUAUCGCAGUCAGAUGGAAACCAUGUUUUCAAAGGGCGUGAAGAAGCGAACUCGCGGAAAGAAGCGCUUCAAGCCCAAGCCAGAUGGUUGGGAUUCCGAGUUUGAUGGCGUGUGGGAAGAUCAGCCUGGUGCACUUAUUCAUUCUGACAACGAAGGUGGGGAUCCAGCAGAGGAAGAGGCUGGAGAAGAUGGGACAGUGCCCGCUCGUGGUCGUGCCGCGGCUCCCACUCGGGGUCGUGGUAGGGGUCGUGGUCGAGGUGCAGCGGCCAGUGCGCGAACCACCAAGACCAAAGCUAUUCCAGAAAAAACGACCACGAAGGGUCGCAGAAAGCAAGCCAUCUCAGACGAAGAAUCAGACGUGAUUAUACUGGAUGAUGAUGACGACGAUGUUAUAGCCGAUGUCAUUUCCGAUGAUGAUGAUGAUGAUGAUUCGCAGGCACUGUUCGUUAAGCAGCCUCGAUCUACUACUACCGCGAAGCCACGAAAAGCUGCCCCUGCGAAAACUACGACCCAGCGUCGCGGUGGACAUGCUGCUGCCUCGCCAGCUCCAUCAUCGGUUACCGUUGGCGGGACUGCUUCUCGGCGAGCCCCUGCGCGUGGUAAGACAGCUCAGUCUACGCUCAACUUCUCCGCUUCCCAGGCCAGCGCACCUCAGUCAUCACGACCUAGCCGCUCCACCCGUAACAUGAGUGUCAUCAGCGAUGGUAUUGAUGACGAUGACGAUGACGAUGACGCCUUUGAAGAAAUGCCGACCAACUCGAGGCGUCGUAAGUAA